GAUUCAAGUAUCAACUUACAACGAUUCUUGAGCACUGAUGCCUGGAGUUUGGGGGUUGUUGUAGAUCUGCGUUGUCGUAACGAAAGUGCUGUGGCCAUAUUCGCAGAGACAUCCAAGUACCGUAUGUACGACUACUCGUAUCACUGGCUGGUUCUGGGAUCGAAACUGAGCAUGAGUGUCCCGCUCUUAAACGAUAGCGCUUACAGCAUGACGACUAAUUUUGUGCUCGCAAUAAUGAACGGCAGCGGCUACGAUCUUUAUGACGUUUUUAAUCAUUGCAAGUAUCGCGGAGGUACGUUAAAUGUGACGAAGCUGGGCUCGUGGCGACAAGGAGAAGGUCUGAUUAUCACCCUGACUCAACCCCUAGUUGAGAGAAGGGCUAAUAUGCACGGCAUGACGUUGAAGAUGUCGGGCGUGAUACAAUAUAGGCCGAAGAACAUGCGAUUGGAGGAUUAUAUGCACGACGCUAACACCAGGUCUUUGGACAGCAUGCACAAGUUCCUAUACGCGAUGAUCACUCACACGGCCGAGCUCUUCAAUUUCAGUGUACAUGCUUCGGAGAUUAUUUAUUGGGAUCGUCACAGCGUCCAUGGCUUGAUAUUCGAGAUAUUACAAACGAAUUACAUCGACUUUGGCAGUAAUCCUAGGAUUAUGGUAUCAGAGAGAUUAAAUUACGCCUCCCUGAUUGGCGCGGCGUGGCCAAUUCGACCUUGCUUCAUGUUGCUGUCCACCACGUCGAGUAACAUCAAGCUCGAGGUUUUCUUUAAGCCGUUUUCGAUUUAUACUUGGUAUCUGAGUGCCGUAUUCAUCGUGUUGUUCAUAUGCGUAAUGAGAAUAAUAAUAAGACGAGAGGAGACGAGAGAAGCAGAAGAAACUCGAAUAGAGAAAUAUUCCAAUGCCGUAAUCCUUACUAUCGGCAUUACCGCUCAGCAAGGCGCAAAUUUCUUUCCCAAACGUAUCCCGGGCCGCAUCGCUUUUCUGCAGAUCCUCUUGUUUAACUGGAUCAUGUACAAUUAUUAUUCGGGCAGUAUAGUGUCGGCUCGUUUGAGCGAACCGCUCGAUAUGAUGGAGGAUGAUGUGACGGUUCUAGCGGAUAGCGAUCUGAAGAUCGCGGCGGAAGCUGUGCCCUAUCUCAACUACUUUCUAUAUAAACUCAGCGAGGAAUCAACUUACUUCAGAAAGAAGCGUUGGGAUCCUCUGCCGGAGUCGAAACGGUAUUUGCCGCUGGAAGAAGGCAUGAAGCAGGUCAGUGAGGGCACUCUGGCCUACCACACGGAUCCGAAUACGGCGUAUCCUUACGUCGAACAGAUGUUCGAUCCGAGUAAGAUCUGCGCAUUAACGGAGAUCCAUCUAUUCAAGCAAUCCACCAUGGGUAUGUACGCCAGUCACAAUGGUCAAUUCACAGAGAUGGCGAAAAUUGGGCUAUACAAGAUGUUCAAUACGGGGUUACGUGAUCGACAGAUAAAAUAUUGGUCGAGCAGAAAACCUCAAUGUACACUCGAUACAUUGUCCACGAGAAGCAUAUCCGUAUACGAGACCGCCCCGGCUUUAAUUCUGCUAUUUUUCGGUCUACUCGUCGGAUCUAUGAUAUGCAUCGCCGAGAAUAUCAUAUACUAUCGAUUUAUGAGAGAAGAAAUGCUGACACGAAUGAGCAGCAACGAUGGUGACGGCGGAGGCAACGGUGGCAACGGUGACAGCGGUGAUGGUCGUGACGAUGAUGGUGGCAAUGGGGGCGGAGGCCGAGACAAUAGCGGCGGCAACGCGGAAGAGACGAACAGUAACGUCGACGCUCAAUCUUGUAGUUGGAGUGUCAUUAGUACGCCAAGAGAAAGGAUGCGCCCAAUGUAUUUGUGCAUUUUUCUCUUACAAGCGUUCAUCGUCGUCGCAAACGCGCAAACCAGCCAAAUCAUUCGAGACUACUUCGUCUACAAGAACGUAACCAGAGUGGCAGGAUUCUCUUGCGGAGACGUGGAUGAAGAUCUCCUUACGUUAAAACUGUUGAACAAUGUCGGGAUAUCCACGGCGAUUAAACCGGCUGGAUUGCAGCAGAUCGAUAUACCGAGAUAUCUCGACACCGACCGAACUAUGGGGGUAUUUGUGGACGUACGAUGUCCAAAUCAGAAUUAUAGCGGCAUUUUUGACGAAGGUUCAGCCCAUCGCAUGUACGAUUAUUCGUAUUCCUGGCUGAUGUUCGGAAAUAAUUUGAGCCACAGUUUAGAGAGUUUGAACGACAGUAGCUUUAGCAUCGUCACAGAUUUUGUAAUCUUGUUAUCGAACGAAACUGAUUACGUUCUCUACGACGUAUACAAUCUUUGUAAAAUACGCGGUGGAGUGCUCAACGUUACAUGGCUCGGGAGUUGGCAAGAGGACGACGGGCUCGCAAUCAAUCUGACCGAUUCGAGGAUCAACAGACGACGAAAUUACAAUAGAUUGCGAGCCAAGGCGGCCGGAAUCGUGUUGAACAGACCAGAGCACGUGAGUUUGAUAGAUUAUUUGGAGGGCGACAGUCUUGAGGUCAUGGAUAAUUGGCCGAAAUUCGGACACACCAUUCUCUCGCAUGUCGCCAAUAUGUACAAUUUCACCAUGGACCUUAUUGAGAUCAAUCACUGGGAAAAGAAUGACAGUAAUGGUCCCGUGAUGGGCACCUUAAAGAGGGGCGAAGCUGAUUUGGGCUAUUAUCCGUCCAUCCUGUCGAUCGAGAGAUAUGCCGACGCGCGUGUCAUUUUUCCACAAUGGCCCUCGCGUACCUGUUUCAUGUUUCGUACCAUACCGGCGAUGAAGAUGAAACCCUGGAUAAUACUGAAGCCGUUCGCGGCGGACACGUGGUACAUGAUCGUCGUGAUGAUGGUGAUUACAAUUAUUAUCUUGUCCUGCAUACUGAAACUAGAACGCGCCGACGAUUAUGGUUGCAGCAUUUCGGCGUUGAUUACUGUGGCUGCAUUGUGUCAACAAGGUUUCCCUUCUCUCACUGACCAAUCGGCUAGUCGAAUUGCCUUCAUUCAGAUCACGGUAUUCGGGCUGUUGGUAUAUAAUUAUUAUUCGGCGGCGAUAGUGUCGGCCAGAUUGAAUGAGCCUCUUCAAAAGAUGAAUGACUCGCUAUAUUCGCUGGCGCACAGUAAGAUGCAGAUGGCGGCCGAGAAAAAUAUCUUCUUCAAUUUUUUGUUGCGGAAUAAAAGACCAGACGUACAAUAUUUCAAGUACUUUUGGGACGCUGUACCAGAAGAAAAGAAAUUUAUCACGCUCGAAGAUGGCGUGCAGGCAAUAAAGAAAGGAGGCUUCGCCUAUCACGCGGAUCCGGACGACAUCUAUCCACUUAUCGAACAAGAAUUCGACAAGCAGAUGAUAUGUCAGCUAACAGAGGUUCACCUCUUGCAGCCUUCCGAGUUGGGCCUGUGGUCCAAUCAUAAAAGUCACUUUCACGAAAUUUGUAAAAGAGCAUUUCUGAAGAUAUCCACUUCGGGAAUACGGCGACGAGAGAUACGCCGUCGAUCGGCAAGAAGGCCUUAUUGCCCGAGUGACGAGAUCUUCGUUUCCAGUGUGACCAUUUACGAAGCGGCACCAAUCUUGUUUCUUUUGCUCUUUGGCAUGAUUUUUUCAUUCGCCGUAUUAGGUAUCGAGCACAUUAUCUUCUACAUGAUAAAUUCGAAACGAAUAUCAGUAAUUACACCAGAUACUAAACUAAACACUAAACAGCAUAUUAAAUCAGACGUUAAAAAAGGCAUUAAAAUCAAUAAGAAAAAUAAGGUAUCACUAAAAGAUCCACCUGGAAAUAACGUUAUUCUGGUACUCCCAGAAGCGAGUCGUCUCUUCGAACAAGUGUUAAUGUCGAAACGAUAUCAGAAUAGGUAAAAAAACAUUACCCAGUUUGGGCCACGAGUGAAUAGUCAUGAGUCGUAUAUUAAUCGAUAAAGAGGCGUUCAUUAAAUACGAAACAAAAAGUUUUAAUUGUGAAAUUAAAGACUGCCGAACGUACGGACAUUAUUUAUUUUCAGCUUCCAGAUAAAGUUCCGAAAGCGGAAUAUCUCUGAUUUGGCUGAUUUCCUAAAUAUUUAUUUUAUACAUAGCAAAUAAGAUUCCUAAAUGGAUUUUUGGCGCAAAUGCUCCCUUUGUUCCUCUCACAUCUCAAAAGAAAAAAAAGUUUCUUUUAAUUAUUUCAAAAAAUAUUCAUUUGACGAAAAGUUGUUAAACAAAAAAUAAAGCUCAUGAAAAAUUCUA